AAUGAGUGCGAAAAAGUCAAAGAGAUUGUAAAGGCGGUUAAGAAAGUGCUCAACAACAUUCCAAUCGAGGGAAGCAAAACCGCCUCUGUGGCAACUCCGGAGCUGCCGGAACUUCCUCGGGAGGCGAAAAGGGGUGAGACUUUUGGAAACCAGCAACGCCUGAAGGAACUGACAGAGAAGUUGGAUCUUAAAGACCAGGGAACUCGGAUCAUCGGAGUUGUUGGUAUGCCCGGAAUUGGUAAAACCACACUGCUGAAAGAGCUCUUCAAGGAGUGGCAGGGCAAGUUUUCUAGGCGGGCUUUCAUGGAUCGAAUCCGUGAAAAGUCAGGUAGCUACGGGGUAGAUUACUUGCCCACACUGCUCUUAGAAGAGAUGGAGUUGAAAAAUCCUGAAACUGAUGCUUUUGAAGAACAGUACGAAGCUCUUAAGUGUCGACUAGAGAAACACAAAGUUCUUGUCGUUCUUGAUGAUGUUAGUACAACAGAACAGAUACAUGGUGUUCUUGGGAAACAUGAGUGGAUUAAAGAAGGAAGCAGGAUUCUCAUUGCAACAAACGACAUGUCCUUAACAAAGGGUCUGGUUCAUGAUAAUUACGUGGUCCGGCAGUUGAACCACAGAGACGGCUUACAACUCUUUUGUCACCAUGCCUUUGAUGAUGAUCCAAAGGGAGUUUUCGUGAAGCUGUCGGAAGAUUUUAUGCAAUAUGCCAGAGGCAUUCCGUUAGCUCUUAAGAUAUUGGGUUCAGAGCUUCAUGAGAAGAGGACGAAGCAUUGGGAAGAUAAAACUGAAGAUACUCGCUCAAAAUCCCAGCACUUAUAUUGGAAAGUAAGCUACGACGAGUUAAGUACACAGCAGAAAGAUGCAUUUCUCGACAUAGCCUGUUUCAGAUCGGAGAAUGUGGAUUAUAUUGAGAGUUUACUGGCUUCGUCUGAGCAUGAAUCUGCUGAAGAAACGAAUGUAGUGAAAGCUCUCAGGAACAAGUUCCUGAUUGAUAUUUGUGACGGCCGAGUGGAGAUGAACGAUCUACUGUAUACAUUUUCGAGGGAACUUGAUCCUAAAGCAUCCACUGGCAGCAGACAAAGGAGGGUGUGGCACCAUCAUGACAUCAUUAAGGGAGGCGCCAUUAAAAUCCCCCAUAAAACACUGAGAGCUUCCAAUGUCAGAGGUAUUUUUCUAGACUUGUCUGCAGUGGAGAACGAAAAAAGCUUAGAGUGUGACCACUUCAGCAAGAUGCACAAUCUCCGGUAUAUCAACUUCUACAACUCUCAUUGUCCUCAGGAAUGCAAAACCAACAAUAAGAUAAACAUCACUGAUGGUGAUCUCCUCCUACCAUCAAAAGAGGUACGAUGCCUCCAUUGGCUGAAAUUCCAACAGGAGAAACUUCCAAACGAUUUCAACCCAAUUAAUCUCGUCGACCUUAAGCUGCCCUAUAGCGAGGUUGAACGACUUUGGGAGGGUGUUAAGGACACACCAGUCUUAAAGUGGGUCGAUCUUCGUCACUCAAGUAAGUUGAGCACUUUGUCAGGGCUAUCAAAUGCUCCGAAUCUUCAAAGAUUGAACCUUGAAGGGUGCACGAGUCUUGAAUCUCUUGGGGAUGUGAAUCUGAUGUCUCUGAAAACUCUCACCCUCAGCAACUGCACAAACUUCAUGGAAUUUUCAUUAGCAGCCUCCCAGCUGGUCAGUCAACUUUCUCAAUUUACAUGGCUUGAUUUGAAGUACUGUACGAAACUUACAUGUGUUCCAGAGUUGCCACCAAAUCUUCAGUACUUAGACGCACACGGAUGUAGCUCAUUAAAGACAAUUGGGAAACCGCUGGCUCGUAUCAUGCCGACUAUGCAGAACCAUUCCACUUUCAUUUUCACCAACUGUGAGAACUUGGAGCAAGCUGCAAAGGAGGAAAUCACAUCGUAUGCGCAAAGGAAAUGUCAUUUACUAUCAGAUGCUCGUAAACACUACAAUGGGGGUCUUGUCUCAGAGGCUUUGUUCAGCCUUUGCUAUCCUGGAUGUGAGGUGCCUUCGUGGUUUUGUUAUGACACACUUGGAUCUUUGUUGAAACGCAAGCUCCUCCCACAUUGGCAUUACAAUAGGCUUUCUGGAAUAGCUCUAUGUGCUGUAGUCUCAUUUCCUGACAAGAAGCAUUCUGGAAUAGCUCUUGGCCAAGAUCAAAUUAGCUGCUUCUCGGUGACAUGUACCUUUGAAAUAAAAGCUGAAAACGAGUCUUUGAUCCUCUUUACUAGUCUGGUAGGAAGCUGGACAAGAGAGGGAGACAAGAAAGACAAGAUUGAGUCAGAUCAUGUUUUCAUAGGCUACAUUAGUUGCCCACAUACCAUAAGGUGUCUCGAAGACGAGAACUCUGAUAAAUGCAGUUUCACUGAAGCCUCCCUUAAUUUUACUGUGACAGGUGCUACAAGUGCCAUAGUCGAGGUGUUGAGGUGUGGUUUGAGUUUGGUGUAUGCAAAAGAUGAAAACAAAAACAGUUCUCAGGAGGCAAAAUAUGAUUUGCCUGUUGAAGGGAGCUCUCGCGAACCUCAAAACGGGAUGAUAGAGGAGCAAAUAGAAAUAGAAAAAGAAGAAGGGGUGGUGGUCAACCAAAGAAGAAGCCAAAAACCAGAAGGGUUGAUAAUAUCCAGUGCCAUACAAACUUGUAGUGCAAGUGUAACUCCAAGAUUUGAAGAUAAACUUAGUGGUCAAGCAAAAGGU